UCAGGAGGUACUAAUGUUUGGUUGUCCCUUUCUGUGGUGUUAGCAGGCACUGAUAAGACCUAGAUUCAUGAAUUCCCUGGGGGAUUGAAAAAUAGAGUUUAAUUGUUAUUCUUCAGUUAUUAGCUGAAAUAAUUCUAAGAAGAUAAACUAACCAUCAGCUAUGUGAUUAUCCUGGAGUACAAUUUAUAUAGAAAAAGUAAGAGAUAAAUACUUAAUUCCUUUUAUUUGCUAAUUUUCAAAAUAAUGACCUGGUUCCCUGCCAUUCUUUAAAGGUAGGCAAUGGAUUUUGUUUUUAAUUAUCAUUAUGACCUUGUAUCUUGUAUUUUUUUUUUUUUUUAGGCCAUUGUUACCUUUAUUGAUUGUCUCAUCUUUGGCCAAUGGGAGCGUCUUCAACUCAGCUCCUGAGUUUCCACACAAUCCCAAUAUUUUGUUCCAAGCUUAUCAAGUAUAUUUCCUGCCCCAGACCUAGAAUCAAUCUCCAAUAAGUGCUGGUUCCUCUUCAGUGGAAAAGCCAUUUAUAAGACUACAUACAGCCCUCACAAUAGGAGUGCUUGGUAUUCUUGGUCAAUUCUUAUUCCUUUCAGUUAACAGAACUAGGAACUCCAAUUCUGAUGAGUCUAGCUCUUUUCUAAAUCAUGUCCUUUUUAUACAUUUACCUGCACUGUUUAUAUAUUGAACAUGAAAGAAUAAAAGCAGAGAAAUAAAAGCAUUCAUAGACUAACCAGAAAGUUAACUAAUUAUGUUGAUUAACCACAUCCUAUGUGUAAGACUAUUUUAUUUUCUAGAAGAAAAGCCCUGUACUGUGGAAAACUCUAACAAAAGCGUAUAUUUUUAAUACAUUAGGUAAAUACAGGAGAGGUUAGAAAGCUAUGAGAAAAAGAGAUUAGUUAUGUUAAAUAUUAGUGCUAAGGGUAUUUAGCCCAAGUAGCUAAGUUUAUGAUGUCAAAGAAUUUGCUGCCCACACAAGCUAACUAACUUAACCACUCGAAAGCCAUUCACGCAAGAAGCUUAGCUAGGAUUAUACCAUCUGUUGAAGCAAUUCAUUUCUACGUGCUUUGUCCACGGGGAAGUUCUGCAAAUUGCAAGUACUGACUAGCUCACUUUUCCUUUCCACCUGUUUGGAGCUCAGCUAAGUAAACACACAGAAGAGCAGUGAGGCCAUUGAGGCCUGAGCCUGGUCCUCAGAACUUGACAAUCUUUUCCUGCCACCAGGCACCCUACCCAAGGCCUGCUCAGCCAUCUAUCUCCACAGUCCUCUGACAGAAUGAAUGCCCUUGACGGUGUUCCCUUCAAGGUGCCCAAGGGCUUUGUGAUAGACACGGAGCUUCUCCCUCAGCCAGAGCUCAGUGUCCCGGCCUGCGGGGAGCUUCUGCUCGGUUCUAUGCAUGACUUCAGCCUGGAGAGGAGGGCGCUCUUCUGGGUGGAGGCCGCGGUCCGGGGAUCCUGCCCGUACCAGUGCGGUGACCUGGGGAUCGCAUCAGCCCCUCCGGCCUGGCUCUUGCUGGUCAGUCCCGAAUACCGGCUGGCGCCUGCUCCUGUUACAAUCAAAGACCCAGAAGCUGGGCCCCCAGAGUGGCCAGACGAGGAGCAGGAUGACGACGACGAGAAUGAAGAAGCCUCCUCUGCCAGCGAGGGAGAGCCGGGCCCCUGGAGCCCCCACCCCGCCUCCCAAGCGGGUGGCGUCCGGGGCCAUCGCCUGUGCUCCCUGGACGUGCUGCGCACCUUGAGGUCGGAGCUGGCGGGGGCGCGGCGGCGGCUCUCCGAGGGCAGGCUGGCUGCCCGUCCCGGCGCGCUCCUGCACUGCUUCCGCGGUCCCCGGGCGCUUAGCCUGUGCUCCGGAGCCACGCCACCACCCGGGCCCGCGCCCCAGCUCCCCAGCGCCUCAGAGCCGCCCCCACGGCCCUCCACGGCCGGUGCCAUGCCCCCGCUGCGAAGCCACAAGCCCACAGUCGCGUACCUCAGCCCAUACACCUGCCUGCCACCUCUUGGGAAGGCACCCCAGCCUCAACACAGAUCACACCCCGAUACUGCAGCUGACCUGCUGUCGGCCCUGAGCCAGGAGGAGCAAGACCUCAUUGGGCCAGUGGUGGCCCUGGGAUAUCCUCUGCAAAGGGCCAUUGUGGCUCUGCAGAAGACAGGGAGACAGAGCUUGGGCCAGUUUCUCAGCUACCUCAGUGCCUGUGACCGGCUGCUGUGUCAGGGCUAUGAGGAAGGCCUGGUGGAGGAAGCCAUGGAGAUGUUCCAGUUCUCCGAGAGGCAGGCAGGGGAGUUCCUACGCCUCUGGGAACAGUUCAGUGACAUGGGCUUCCAGCAGGAUCGGAUCAAGGAGGUGCUGCUGGUACAUGGCAACCACCGAGAGCAAGCCCUGGAGGAGUUGGUGGCCUGUGCCCAGUGACUGUUGAGCACUGCCCAAUGCCUGCGCAUCCCCGUCCAGGGCCAGACCUGGCAACUCAUCCUAAUGGUAUUAUUAAAACCAAGUAA